AUGGCUUCAGAAACCCCAAAACAAAAUUAUCCACUACCUUCGGUCUGCAGUUUUGUAAUAAGUGUAGGAAACAGGGAAGAAGGUAAAGCUCCACAAAAAGAAGAUUUUGUUUACUCACCCCAGGAAAAAAACGUAACGAACUUAACAAUUCUGCAUUUUCCAGAACAGCUGGGGGCUGUUGGAUCCUCGGAUCAAGUGGAAAGUAAAAACAACAUUUUAAAAAAACCACUACAAAGCGAGAGUCAACUUCUUUUCAUCGUCAUUUCAGUUGUGAUGUACAGCAAAACAUACUGUCCCUACAGCAGAAAAUUGAAGAUGAUUCUCAGCCGUUACCCAAUCAAUGAUCUCAAAGUAAUAGAAUUGGAUAGACAAAAAGAAAUGAAAAGCAUGCAGAAAAUUCUAAAACGCAUGACUGGUCGUUCAACGGUGCCACAGCUGUUCAUAGAUGGUGAAUUCAUUGGAGGUCACGAUGAUACGAAAGUGAUCGAGGAUCGAGGAGAACUUCGACAAAUUUUGAUGAAAGCUAAAGCACUAUAA